AUGUUCAGACAAACCCUCAGAGUCGCAAGAUCUACAAGAUUAUUCUCCACCACUUCCCUUGCCAGAAACAACGCUCCAAAGGAAUUCAAGACCGCAAAGACCCUUGCUGAAGUUGAAACCAAGUUUGACUUGAUCGGUAAAGGUGCUCAACCAGGUGAAGUCCCAACUGAUUUGGAACAAGCCACCGGUUUAGAAAGAUUCGAAUUGUUAGGUAAAUUGGAAGGUAUCGAAGUUUUCGAAACCGAACCAUUAGACUCUUCCAGAAAGGGUACCAUGGCCAACCCAGUUAUGAUCGACUCCUAUGAUGACUACAGAUACGUCGGUUGUACCGGUUCCCCAGCAGGUGCCCACGUCGUCAUGUGGUUGAAGCCAACCAAGGACAAGGUAGCCAGAUGUUGGGAAUGUGGUUCCGUCUACAAGUUGAACUACUUGGGUACCGGCGAAGACAGCCACCACUAA